UUCUAACCAAUCGUAAUAUUAAAGGAGGCGGAGUUAGCGCGUAAACGCGGAAGCAGAUUUUGACAGUCAUGUUUUGUUUAUUUGACAGUGACACAGCAUAAGCUAGUGUAACUCACCACUUUUAAGACAUUUGAAACCUUGUUUCGACUCAUGGACCAAAGUGGACCGUAUCCAGUUAAACUCUACAUUUACGACGUGUCCAGAGGCAUGGCCCGCGCUCUGAGUUUUCAAAUGAUUGGGAAACAUCUAGAAGGGAUAUGGCACACAGCUAUUGUUGUCCAUGGAAAAGAGUAUUUCUUUGGAGGAGCAGGCAUCGGGAGUUGUCCACCUGCUGGCACCGUCCUGGGCGAGCCUGACUCUAUUGUGGACUUGGGCUCCACUGAAGUGAAUGAAGAGAUAUUGAGAGAGUAUCUCAAGUCCUUGUCCGAAUCCACAUUCAGUGGCGACAAGUACAACUUGCUUGAACACAAUUGCAACAGUUUCAGCAGUGAUGUGGCUCACUUCCUCACAGACAAGAAGAUCCCAUCGUACAUUACAGAACUUCCUUCUGAUGUACUGUCCACGCCUUUCGGUCAGGCUCUCCGGCCAUUCCUGGAUUCCAUGUCCAUAAGUCCUGGAGGCAACAGUGUAACUGGACAUAGAUAGACUGAGCCUAUGUUAAGGGCUUAAUUCAUCCUCUCGUGUAUAAAUUGGAGGCUAAAGAUGUUUUAUGAUUGGGUUAUGUGCAGAAAUUCACUGACAUGCAGAAACAGACUGAAGGUUGAUUACAGAAGAAGCAUAACAACAAUGACAUAAUUUUACUUUAAUCAAUCACUUGCACUUCCUUAAAGGCAUACCUUCACCUUUUGCUCCUCUCUGACUUUUGCCUUACCUCUUUCAUCUAAUCAGCCACCGCUCAUAACCUCUUGAGAUCGUUUUUUUUUAAAAGUUGCUACAUUUUCUUAUUACCUCCUCAUUUAGUUGUAACCUAUACACAAGCUACACUGAAGUGAGAUUUUUGGUUUUCAAGAAGCUGAAACUCGGCUGAGUGUAUUUUUGUUACAAUCACUGAAACUCUCCAUUGCAUCGAUUAUGUUGUUGAUAAAACUAAUUUUCUUUGUCUUGUGGUCAGAAUCACAAAUCACGUAGGCCAAAGUCAGACUUGGUGGAAAACUGUUCUGCUGGUUUGUUUUCUUUUUUCUAGGUUCUAGAAUUCACAAAUGUACCCACCUAAAGUUUUCUCUCUAGUGUUUAACACCAUACUAUUCAGUAACCUAUAAGGGCAUGGGAUUUUACAGGACCAAUCAUUUUCUUUGUCUCAAAGUCAGACUUUUAUUUUUAUCAAGUGCAUUAAUAACCUAUUUGUGUAUUAUUUUAUUUCACUAUCGAAAACAGAACCAGGUAUCAAUACACCAACUUACAUAUUAUCUAUGCAGGGAAUCAUAUUUUUGUGAUUUAUUGAUGGCAUCAAGACAAAGUCCUAGGUUUUUCCUAAUGACUAAUUUCUGUGGGGUUCUUUGAGAUUUUAAACAAAUGUAUUAUCUUUGUUGCAAUUAUUCUAUAUGUUCCUUAAAGAAUGUAUUAAAAUAUUUGAUCUAAUCAGAAAACUAAAUGCAGAUAGCCUCAAAGGCAAAAUGUCUAAUUAUAGUUUUUAUUUUAUUAACUAGUUCAAAUUUGAGAUUUAUAACAGUUUGUCUUUAACUUGUAAAAAUGCUCAGGAAAUAUUAAAAUAUUUGUCUUUUAUAAUGGAA